AAGCAUUUGUGAAACAUGGAGAGAAUAAUUUACGAGAAAGAAAAUAAGAGGACGAAGAUCACGAGGCAAAGGUUGUGCUCGGAUUCGAUGCAUCGAGAUCAAAAUAUCGAGAUCAAAAGGGAGCGAACCCGUUCCACCGAAGUCCAACGUGCAGUUUUAGGUGACCUCCAGAGGAACGUAGUUUGCCACAGGAAAAUCUUCAAUGGGGAUAUAGAAUUCACCAGCUUGCAGAAAAAGUGUAACAUCUCGCCAAUUUUGAAGAGCGCAUUUCUACAGAAGAAGGAUUCCAACUCGCCCAUUUUGAAGAAGAAGGAUUCCAGGAAAAAAGUAAACUUCAUAAAUAAACUCGAGCAGAGGAAAACUGAAAGGCGCACCAAUGAACCGGUCACGAAGGUUCUACAUUUGUACACGCUUGAAUAUUUAGAGGACAUUAUCAAACACAUGUUGAAGAAGGAAAAGUCGCAGGUUCUUCACAAAGGUUUUAUGCUUAAAUAUUCAGCUUGCGAGGAGAGCAGGAGAAGAGUGGUGCUCUGGUUUUACAAGUUCGAGAAUGAGUUUAAUAUUUCCUACGAUAUGCGUUACGUGAUUAUUAAGAUGUUCGACAGAGUUUUAGCAAACAUGCACGUACCAAGGGACAAGUACCAUCUCUUCAUGAUAACAAUUAUUUUCAUAUUGAGCAAACACAGCAGUGUUAAUGCAGUUUCGAUGGCCAAAUUACUGAAUGCUUGCAAAGGUCAUUACAUUCAGGAACAAAUUCUUAUCCUGGAGAAGGAUUUGCUGGUCUUCUUCGAGUACAACUUUAUGCUCAACGAGCCUAUACAGUUCGUUCAGUAUUAUUUACAUAAAAUUGGACCAAAUUCCGAGGAGAUAGUGAAGAUUAUGAAGCAAACUCAGAAAAUCAUACGCGAUUACGCUUUGACCACGGAGUUCUCGAUUCAUCCUUCGUCCAAAGUAGCUGCGGCCGCGGUUUACGCCUCCUUGAGGAUUAUCUACGGCAAUACUAGGCUCUACGAUAUAAGUUCAAAUAUUCAGGGAUAUUAUUAUGGUCCGCAUCUGUUGCCUAUGGUUUACUCCAUGGGCCAAUUAAACUUAUAAGUGUUCGUUUUUAUUUGUGUAUUCAUUAUUUUUGGCUGGUCCAAUAUUUUACUUGUAGACAUUUUAUAUUUGUGUUUGUGUAUUUAAGAAACGAUGAGCAAUAAAAAUAAAUGAUUCAUCUUGAUUAAA